AUGAGAGAGAAUAUGCAAAAAAUUUGGCAAUGGAUAAGUGACAGGAAGACAAACACUAUACGCAAAUGGAGAAGCUCCCUUAUCCGGCUUCGACAAGAUUCUCAGGAUAAUUCAAUUGAUGAUGCUCGUCGAAAUGGAAAGAUUGUUAUUAGCUCAUCCGCUGGUAAUCUUAGGCAGCCUAGACCAGAGUAUGAAGAUUUCUUUGAGGAGCCCAACUUGAAACAAGUUCUUGAGGUUCGACGGCAGUCCUUUCGUGAUCGCACAUCUGAUUGUUAUCCUGUUCCAGCACCAGACUUAGACGACAAUACUCCGAAUCCAUAUUUAGAUAAGAUAACAACAUCAACUCCAAAAGCUACUCCGAGGGGAAUCCGCAAAAAUCCGAAUAGGCAAAUUCGUUUUCAAAUUCCUGAGGUUCACGUUUCAUUCGAAGCCGAAUCUCCCCAGCGAAUUAUUUUUUCUGACGAACGUCGAUCUCCUGUUCCGCCUCCUGAAAUUGAGUGGACAAACGUUCUCGCCACUACAACUCCAAACACAAGCCCAUCAGAAACUUUAACGACAACCUUAGCUGUAACGACAUUGACGACGACGACGACAGCUUCUGGAAGUAUGAGUUCAGUGGCGGAAAACAAGCGAGCACCAAUUCUUAAAGACCAGCCGUAUUCAAUCAGCUUCGAUAUGUCCUCAACAGGUGAAACAAUGCCACCUUCAACACCACGAAGAAAUUCUGCUAGCGAGAAAGCACGACAGAAUCUAAUGGCUCAACGACGUCAAAGUAAUGUCCAGCUUGUUAAUCAAAUUACUGGCAGACGGACCAGCACUACAAUCAUUCCACUUACACAAGCACAAAUUCAUCUCGUGAGAUCUUUAUGGCGCCAAGUUUUCACAACUAAAGGACCGACCGUUAUUGGCCAAAGCAUAUACCAUAGACUCUGCUUCAAAAGUCCUGUGGUCAAAGAACAAAUCCGUCGUGUUCCAUUGCCACCCAAAUUUCAAAACCAUGACAGUUUCAUCAAAGCUCACAGUAAAGCUAUGGCAGAACUUAUCGAUCAAGUCGUUGAGAAUUUGUACAAUCUGGAAGUUAUGACUGAUGAAUUGAUGAGAAUAGGGAAAGUUCAUGCUCGUUUACUUAGAGGAGAACUAACAGGAAAGUUAUGGAACAUUGUGGCGGAAACGUUUAUAGACUGCACUCUGGAAUGGGGUGAUAAGAGAUGUCGUUCUGAGACAGUUCGUAAGGCUUGGGCUUUGAUUGUUGCAUUUGUGGUCGAGAAAAUCAAAUUGGGGCAUCAUGAGCAGCGAAAGCUGAUGUUAGCCACUCGUCAAUCACUCCCUAGCAUAGAUGUGCCUAUGGCGGCGUUGAAGUUUUGA